GCGCAGGUCGCACCGCGCCAGUGAAAACUUGCCCACAAAUGUAAGCUAACUGCUGACUUAUUUUGCUCUUGUCAGGACUUUAACAGGCUGCAAAGCCUAGUUUCAGCAUUUUUCAUUGGUCUUACCCUUAAAGAAAGUGGAGUCACCCAAAUGAAAAGGCUUUGACCUCCACUGCACAGCUGGAGUUGCUGUGAGAUGAUGCAGUCAAACAGGUCUGAGUACGGUCACAAGCGGCACUACAGCGACAGAAGCUCCAAGCAGUGGGAUGACUAUGAUGACAGAUGGGAAGACAGGCGUGAACCUCACAGAGUUAUACCGCAGGAUUCCUAUCAGAAUUAUGGUGGUGAUGGACACAGUAGCACGGAGAGGACAAGGAUAAGUAGAGAGUACAGUGACUCACCUACGAGGCUGUACAGCAAAGACUCAUUGAACAGAGACUGGAGCAGAGAUGGAAAGAGCUCAGUGAGGAGACGCAAGUCUCCACCUGACUGGGGUACUUCUGAAAAACGGCGAAGGUAUACAGAGGAUGAUAAAGAUGAUUACAGAUACAGGCGUGAGCCUGAGGAUAAAACAAACAGGCGUUCACCAGACGUUUUUUCACGUGAACAUGUAACCAAGGACUUUAAACAUACAAUAAGGCAGGAAGAGGAUUUCAAAUACAGAAAAACACCUCAAGACUCCAGACACAGAUAUCGACAUGAGGAGGUCACCUAUCGACAACAACAUGAUGAUUUAAGUUUCAGAGAAUCGUCUGGAUAUCACAGAGAUAGAGAUGGCCAUGAAAGGAGCAAAGACUGUUCACAAGAGAGGACACGAUCACACUCUACGAAGAGUUAUGCCAAACCCAGAGAGAGGGAUGACAGCCCCUUCACAGAUCAUGAGGAUUAUCGUCAGGAAAGAAGGUUUCCAUUAAACGGAUCAAGUGGACAGUCUUUUGAGAGUGAUGUCACCAACCAAAGUGCUGCUGUUCUUGAGCAGAAGUCAGCCGUGGGUUUCCAACGUUUUCUCGAAGUGCUCAACAAGGGUGUGAAUGUCGCCACACUCACCAAGAUAGUGACUCAGCCCUCUGAGGAAGCACAUGAACAACCACGUUCUCCGACUCCUUUCAUAAACACUGAUCGUCGGUGGUCUCCAGAUUACACUGGAAGGCAACAGGGAAGCCACCAAAGUACCAGCCACUGGAGUGAGAGCGAGCAAUCCCAGAGACCCGCAUCUCCACAGCCUUGUCACAGGUCCUUCAGCCCAAAGGGGCGCUCUCAACCUGAUGAGCAGUUGUUGCAAAGAGGUGACGCAGAACAGAGAUACCUCAGCUCCAACAGUAGAUCCAGGUCUCCCGCCAUGGUGGAAAAGAGAACACUGACACCAGAAGACGAGCACAAGCACAGGCAGAUGCAGGAUGUUUUGCAAGCCAUUGGCAUGAAUUUAGGAUUUGAGGAACUGGGCCAGAUGUCACAUCGGAUCCAGGAGCGGUUAUACGGAAAGAAGGACAGUGGCGGUGGUCGCCAUCGUAGGGGGAGCAGAGAAAGGGACAUAAGACGAGCCUGUUCACCAAGACAGAGAAGUAGAUCAUCAUCAAGCAGGUCUAGUUUUAGCCCGUUAAAUCAGGAAUACUACAAGAGAAAAGACUCGUAUAGUGCUGAGAGGAAUGUAAAAGAGGAACACCAAGCACAGGUACAUGAAGCUGUUGAAUAUGUCCAGCAGAGCAGCAGCAGCACUUUAAACGAGAGUGAGAAAUGUGUAACUUACUCCCAGGAGAGCGCUGCAUGUCCAGCAUUUUCUCAAAACUCUACAUACACUUUGUCAAAGCCUUCGACUGCACCUGUAAUCCCGAUGUACUCGGUAAACAGUUCACCGCUGCCAUAUCAAACCCUCCCUCCAGCCCCGCGUCCAGCUCUACCUCUUGUCCUCCCUUCAGCUCUGCCUCCAAACUUGUCCCACCUUGGACCCAGUCUUUUCUUGCCUCGCCCGCCUCCCUUUUUCCCAUACCCCCGUGUCCCACCUUUGACCAUCUUUCCUGGAGUGCUCGCGCAAACAAGGCACCUACUCCCACAAAACUUGAGCUCUCCACCCUUGUUAAAUCUGCCAGGUAUUAAUCCGAUUCAGCCUCUCAUCACCACGCAAAAGUCAAAAACACUGUCAAGGCCUCGCUGUUUGCAAGUCAUUGAAACAAAGCAACCUGGAUGAAGAUGUUUGUAUAAUCUGGUGUAGUUUAAAAAUGAUCUUUUUGCCUCUGGAUUAUAGUAGAAGAUCUUGAUAAAAUAAACAUUUGGGUCCUCAUGGAGUUCAGUUUUAACCAUAAAACACCCGUGAGCAUCAUGCUGGAGAAAAUCUACGUUUGCACGCAACUUGUCUAGCGGCAGCAAAAAGCAAGCAAUCAAAUAAACAGACAACAAUUUAAUUUACAAACGUAUGUCGUGUUGAAACUCUGUCUGCUGUUAUACCCAUAGCACAAUAUCAUGCUCAAGAAGAACACAGUGCUGUGUGAAGAAAGUGUUUGUUUUCUGAAAAUGUUCUUUUCUCAACAUUGUUUAAACACCACACUUUGAAUUAUUAUAACUUUUGUUGAAAUUAUGAUUGUCCCCAGAGGCCUUUUUGUAGGAAACAGGCCAUAAUCUUGAUGAAUCUGCAACAUACACCAGUGCUCAGUCUUCAGAAGGUGUUGGCUAACACACGACUACAAAAUAUGCUCUACACGUCUCUUAAUGCUUCUCUGUCAGGUUGACUUGUUUUCUUUUUGUGUGCACAUGCAGAAGACAAUUUUGUAAAUAUUUGAAUAGGAGGGUAUUAAAUACAAUAUUCCUAA